AUGUGGUACCCCGGGGGGGAAAAAACAGCCUUCCUUAAGAACCCGCGCAUCCUGCUGCUCGACGAGGCCACCAGCGCUCUGGACACCGAGAGCGAGCACUAUGUCCAGCGCGCCAUGGAUGAGCUGAUGACCAACCGCACGGUCAUCACGGUGGCCCAUCGCCUGUCGACCAUCCGCGCGGCCGAUCGCAUUGCCGUUCUCGAUGCCGGCAAGGUUGUGGAGACCGGGACGUACGACGAGCUGAUGGCCAUGCCCGAGGGCGUCUUCAGCCGGCAAAUUGCUGCUGCCACCGAGUCCUCCGCCUGA